AUAAAUAGGCAUAUGUGGUUUGCAUGUAACAUAUACCAGAAUAGAUUGCCAACUUGAGUUAUUUCCAAAGGAGUUUGGAUAGCUGCUUCCUCUGUGGCAAAAUCAGCUAGUACUUAUUCAAAAAAGCUCAUUUCUGUCACAUAUAUAUGGCUACUGAUGGAAACCUUAUUACCAUUCUCAGCAUUGACGGUGGGGGAGUCAGAGGCAUCAUCCCCUCUGUAAUUCUCAACUUUCUUGAAUCAGAGCUCCAGAUCCUGGAUGGUACAGAUGCUAGGAUUGCAGACUACUUUGACUACAUUUCUGGGACAAGCACGGGAGGCCUAAUAACAACCAUGCUUACCACACCAAAUGAAACCAACCGACCUCUGUUUACUGCAGAAAGGAUUACUGAUUUCUACAGGAACAACAGUAAGCUCAUCUUUCCUGAGACAUCAGGGGACUACCAGCCGCCUCUAAAAUAUCAUAGCUCAAUAUGGGAUUGGUUCACUUCAAUAUGGGACCGUUAUGGCUUGCCAGCAUACCGCUACUCAAAGGAUGUCUUAGAAAUGAUUGAAAAAACAUUAUUUCGCCCCAAACAUGACGGUGUUUUUCUGCACAAAAAAAUCAAGGAAAUGGUAAAAGAAAAAAAGCUUCAUGAGACCUUAACCAAUGUGAUAAUUCCAUCUUUUGAUAUCAAGCUUCUUCAACCUGUCUGCUUCUCCACCAUGAAGGCAAAACGUUAUGAAUUAGAAGAUGCUUCGUUAUCAGAUGUCUGCAUUGGCACAUCUGCUGCACCUUACUACCUCCCUCCAUAUUACUUUGACAUCAAGUCAUCAAAAGGCACUAAGGCUAGGAGUUUCAACCUUGUUGAUGGUGGUGUUGCAGCCAAUAACCCUACUUUGUUUGCAAUUUGUGAGGUAAUGAAGGAGAUAUCCAAAAAUAGAAAUUUUUCCUCCUUGAACAACAUGGAUUGUAGUAAGUUUCUUAUACUUUCCCUUGGAACUGGAUCUGCUAAGAGGGCUGAAAAUUUAGAGGUUGGAGAUCCCAAAGCUUGGGGACUCUAUCAGUGGUUCACUGGGCCACACGGCAUUACAACCCCAUUAAUGGAUGUUUUCUCCACUGCAAUGGAUGAUAUGGUUGACAACUACUUGUCUAUUUUCUACGGAUUCUCUGGCUUUAAGGACAACUAUUUUCGAAUUCAGGAUGAUAGCCUCAAAUAUGCUGAAACCUCAACGGACAACUCAAAGGACGAAAACCUUAAGAAUCUUGAAACGAUUGCUAAUGAGCUGCUGAAGAAACCUGUUUCAGCAGUGAACUCUGAAACUGGUCUUUAUGAACCGAUUGAAGGCAAAAACAAAAACGAAGAUAAACUUCGCAUGUUUGCCAAAAGAUUGUCAGAUGAAAGGAAGAAGCGCAUUGGCUAGCUUGCUUAUCUCCAUGGCUGAUAUGAUGUUUGCUAUAAGUAAUAUUUUGGUUGCUGUUUACUUGAACUAUGUUUGAAAUCUUCCAACAACACCCCCACCCCCGCCCC